UUAGGAGUGGGUGUCUGGCAGUACCGCCGUACUGACAAAUGGUGAGAUGCCGAGCGGAAGCCGCUGCCCGGACUGCGGCUCCUCUGAGCUUGUGGAAGACUCUCAUUAUUCUCAGAGCCAACUGGUGUGCUCCGACUGCGGCUGUGUGGUUACCGAGGGGGUCCUUACUACCACCUUCAACGACGAGGGCAACCUCAGAGAAGUGACAUAUUCUCGAAGCACAGGAGAAAAUGAACAAGUUAGUCGCAGCCAGCAACGAGAUCUCCGUCGAGUGAGAGACCUGUGUCGAAUUCUGAAGUUACCCACCACGUUCGAGGAUACAGCAAUCUCCUAUUACCAAAGGGCCUAUCAGCUGUCUGGCAUCCGUGCUGCUAGACUACAGAAGAAGGAAGUGUUAGUUGGAUGCUGUGUUCUAAUCACCUGCCGGCAACAUAACUGGCCCCUCACCAUGGGAACCAUCUGCACCCUGUUGUAUGCGGAUCUGGAUGUGUUUUCAGGCACCUACAUGCAGCUAGUGAAGCUUCUGGGGCUGGAUGUGCCCGCUCUGUGCCUGGCAGACCUGGUGAAGUCUUACUGCAGCAGCUUCGCACUGUUCCAAGCUUCCCCAUCUAUACCGGUUAAAUAUGUGGAGGACAAAGACAAGAUGCUUUCCCGCACCUUGCUGCUGGUGGAGCUGGCAAAUGAGACUUGGCUAGUGACUGGGCGGCAUCCCUUGCCUGUCAUCACUGCUGCCACCUUCCUGGCAUGGCAGUCUCUGCUGCCUUCUGACCGACUGACAUGCUCUCUUGCCCAGUUUUGUAAAUUGGCCAAUGUGGACCUGCCCUACCCAGCCGCCUCUCGUCUGCAGGAACUCUUGGCUGUUUUGCUUCGGAUGGCCAGCCAGCUGGCCUGGCUGCGAGUUCUCAAGCUUGAUAAGCGGACCGUAGUGAAACACAUCGGUGACCUUCUCCAGCACCGCCACAUGCUGGUCCGCAUGGCUUUUCGAGAUGAUGGAACGGCACAAGUGGAGACCCAGAAGCAACAGAAGGGAGAGCAAAGACAGCAAGAAGAGGCAGAGGGCAGUACCUUUGCUUUGCCUGAGAGGAAACGCCCUGCUAGUCCUGCACCCCUCCUCCCACCCUGCAUGUUGAAGCCUCCCAAACGGUCCCAUCCCACGCCCUCUAUUUCUACAGUGACUGGAGAUGAGAACAUUUCUGAUAGUGAAAUCGAGCAGUAUUUGCGCACCCCUCAGGAAAUUAGGGACUUUCAGAGAGCCCAAGCUGCUAGCCAGGCAGCCAUGAGUGACUCUAAUCCUCCCUGAUGCACAUUCUUCAGUAAUUCUGACAAUUUGUUCAUAGGCUCCAAUUGUGUUGCAAGAAGUAAAUGUAUAUGAACCUUG